AUAAAAAUAACGGAACGAAAAAUAACAAAAUUUUUAUGUGCAAAGCAUAUUUUGCAAAAAUUUUUCACGUGAAUUCGGAGAAAAUUGCCUUCAAACAUACCAAGAACUGCGAAUGCUGCUAAACUCCAAAUCGUUUCAGCAGAAUGUCGUUUCUAAAAAGACUAGCCAAAUGUGUUAUAGCAACAGUUCGGACUAAAAAUAUAGCCAACGAUAUAACAAAUACCUUCUUCGACAUUGUGCGCGGCGAAUCGAAUAAGGUGCAAGCCAAAGAGUCGAAAUGUCCACCACAAAGAGAACCAUACCGCAAACGGAAUACGAAAGCUAUAUAUUAUCGCUCACACUGCGCGAAGCAGUAUCCCAUUUGUGGCGUGAAGAUGCUGUCUUUGAAAUCUUGUAGACCGCAGCGCACAUGGUCUUUGGAUGUGGAAAAGUGUUGUACCGGACUCUGCAAGUGGGCGCAUCCACGUUUCGACGAUCUCUACUAUAUGCCAGGCGAUAACUUGAAUAAGAAAUAUCAACGCACAUGGGCCGAAUGUACAAAGUUCCGUGUGGUACCAAAGGCGAUAUGUUGUCAUCAGCAAACCAAAUAUAAGCCGCCAAAACGUCGGAAGCCACGACGCGCCAUUCCGCUGUGUGACGAUAUAAAGACUUGCCGUUUAACACUGUUGUGCCGCAAUCAUUUGUCGAAACGUUGUCCAAAGCUCAUUUGGCCUGGUUGUAAGCCUGCGCGCGAACCACCAGACUGCCAUCUCAAGCGGGUAGAUUGUGGACCCCGAAAAUGCACACCUUAUCCGAGUUUCUCGGAGUGUUUUAAGGAUAAAGUGACAGCGAUGAAGCCCGUUGAAUGUAAUUGUCAUCGCAUAGAGCCGAGAUGCUGGAUUUACUAAGUAACUGGAUUGGUCAGUUUCUGAAGCUGAUUGGGACGCUGCAGAAAUUUCGCAACUUUUACAGUUCUUGUCAACAGUGGUUUGAGGUGAAAUGGAGAGUUUGAACACAAUUUUCGUUUAAUGUAUGUACACAGUUCGCUUGUAAAAUUCGACAGUCGCUGCUUUUUGGAACGCCAUUGAUGAUUUUCUAAUUAUUUCAUCUAUGGUGUUUCCAAAAACUAGCAACUGCCUGAGUUUGAUUAUCUAUGCUCAUGCGAAGGCUCGAAAAAUUCUACGUCUAAACUUUAAAAUGUUUUUUGUGCAGAAA